AUGUCGAGGACGGGCGGCGUGACCCGCGCCUGUCCCGCACAGACCGCAGUCUGGGUUGCUUGCAGGGCCCAGGGGUUUCAAGGCCUGGAGCCGGGGCUGAGGGAGGAGGGUCUCCGGGCUGUGCCCCGGUGCUGGCGGCAGCCCUGCAGCAGCAGGGAGCUCACAGCCGCUCCCCCGCAGUGGGACCUGGUGUGCUCGAACCACUGGAAGGUGCCUCUGGAGCAGACCACCUACCUGCUGGGCUGGCUGUGCGGCUGCCUCCUCCUGGGCCUGGCCUGCGACAGGUUCGGGCGCCGCGCCAGCUUCGUGGGCUCCCUGGUGCUCGCGGCCCCGCUGGGCGUCGGUGUGGCGCUGGCGCCGGACUAUGUCAUGCUGCUGGUGCUGCGGCUGCUGCUGGGGGCCGCGCUGGCCGGAGCCUUCCUCGCCCUCUACGUUGCGCGGCUGGAGCUGUGUGACCCCCCGCACCGCCUCAUGGUGGUCAUGGUGGCCGGCUUCUUCUGGGUGGCAGGGGAGCUGCUGCUGCCCGGCUUGGCCGUGCUGUGCCAGGAGUGGCGGGUGCUGCAGGGCGCCGUGACCCUGCUGCUGGCAGUGCUGGCCGUCUGCGCCAGCUGCCCCUGGCUCUUCCCGGAGUCGCCCCGCUGGCUUCUGGCCACGCGGCAGCUGGACAAGGGCAGGAGGGUCCUGCGGUGCCUGGCCGAGGGCAAUGGCGUGACCCUGGGGGACGACUUCUACAGCCGGGAGCACCUAUUCACAGAGCUGGACUCACUGUCGGAGGGGCCCCCACUGCCCCGGUACCACUCAGUCUGCGAGAUCGUCGACACGCGCGUCAUCUGGAAGAACAGCCUCAUCCUGGGGUUCACUGCGUUCAUCGGCAACGGCAUCCGACACUGCUUCACCCGCAACCUGGCACCCUACCCGCCCCGCUUCUACUUCUCCUAUUUCCUGCUGGCGGCCACCGAGGCCGUGGCCUGCCUCUGCCUCUGCCUCACUGUGGACCGCUUUGGGCGGCGGGCCAUGCUGCUGCUCUGCACCAUCCUCACGGGCAUCGCCUCGCUGCUGCUGCUGGCGCUCACCCAGUACCUGCUGGACUCGGUGGUGCUGACCCUUUCUGUCCUGGGCAUCACAUCCUCGCAUGCCGUUGCUAUGCUCAGCAUCCUCUUUGCUGGCGAGGUGCUCCCCACUGUGCUCAGGGGCUCGGGCCUGGGCCUCAUCCUGGCAGCCAGCUUCAUGGGCCAGGCAACGGCGCCCAUCAUGGCCAUCCGCAACAGCCGUGGCUUCUUCCUACACCACGUAGUCUUCGCCUCCUUUGCCAUCCUCUCCGUGCUCAGCAUCAUGCUGCUGCCUGAGACCAAGGGCAAGGCCCUGCCCGAGUCCCUGGAGGACGGGGAGCGCCAGCGCCGCCCUGCGCUCUUCCAGGCCUCACGCCGCAAGGACCGGCUGCCCCUGCUCUUGUCCCACAGCCAGGAUGACUCCCAGAGCUAUGCCCGCCUUGUCACGGCCACCAAGAAGCUGUUGGGCUCCACGCACCGGGGCCCUCGCCUGCUGCCGGCCACCCCCCGUGCCUAUGGGUCCUGUCUGGGGACAUAGCUGGGUCCAGUGUUCGGUAUGGACGUGAAGUGGGGGAGCUGCGACUGGCCGUGGGGAGGGAGGUGUGGAGCCCGGGGGGGUCUGGGGGCUGCAUGGGGCAUCUGGGCGCUGGGGUGGUCCUGUGAGUGUACGCCACGGGCUGCAAGGUGCCCGCACUGUGCUCAGGACAGACCCUCUGUGUCCCUGCCCGUGCAGCGCCUGGGCGGUCGUGCAGCACACGGUACCUGUCCCCCUACCCUGCAGGCCAGGGGCAGACCUCACCCCGGCAGGCCCGAGCUGGGGGUGGGGGGUGACGCUCCCUGUGUGCCCGGUGCUGCCAAUAAAGUGCCUUGUUU